AUGCUCCACGAGAUCCUCCUCUCCCUGUCCGGUCAGCCGUCCCCUAUCUUCGAGCAGUCAACGGAGGACUGCGGAGCUCCCCAGGAUGGUUUCCCACUCCUCUCGCCCCAAGAAAAGGCACUGCUCGAACCAAUUGCACGUCUGAGCCGACUUCAUAGCCUUUUGAGAGCCCAUUCAGAGCUUAUAUCUUCCUCUCAUCCAUCCACUGUCUGCCGUGCUGCCUCCACAACCAUAUCUACCGAUUACCUGGGCUCUUUUCAAGAAAAGAUACUAGAGGUGGAACAGUCAAUACUCGGGAGAGAUGCGGGUUACGUAGGUGGUUACGGGAUAGUACCGCUCUCCACGAUUGUAGGGGAGUUUUCUCCGUGGGUACGAAAGCUAGAAUGGCUUUGGGAGACAUCUCAGUUUAUGCUACCGCAUGUGGCAAAGGACGCAAAGGCGAAGGAGACAUCUACCGGAAAAGGAUGUACAGGAGCUGCUCUUCUUGACUAUCUCCGAACAGAAUCACAAACUGGAUAUACUGAUGUGGAGGAGAUAUCCCUUGGUCUUAUUAGAGCUGCUGAAACGGCCUGGAUGCGCCAACUCUCCGUUUUUAUACUAUAUGGACAGCUCCCAUCUCUAGGGCGGGAGGACUUCUUCAUUCAAGAAAAACCUUCAAAUGCUGACCGGCGCAACAAUACAGAAGACUUUAUACUUCGACCUGAGCUGGUGCCUAAAUUUGUGUCUCGCCCGACGGCAACGUCUAUUCUGUUUGUUGGACGAUCGCUAAGCCAUAUACGCGCUCGAGGAAAGUUUCCGGCUGGAGAGGAAGCGAAACAUUCAUCGUCCCAAAUGACACUUCAUGGGGAAUUCAUCCGAUGUCUCUCCUCGUUAGCAUCUCCCAUAUCCAUGAUCAACCUGACUAACGCAAUCUCAGAGAUACGACUUGCUCUUUCUCAUACUGUUCUCUCGCAACUGCUGCCACUGCAUAAAAUAAUGGAGGUUCUAUCAUUACUGCACAAUUUCCUGUUACUUGGGAGAGGAGAAUUUGCCAUGGCUUUAGUAUCUCAUGCAGAUGAGAGGAUAUUAACCAAACACAAACGAACUUACCAGGCUGUCUCUAUAGAAGAAACCAUGGACGUCCUAACUCUCAAGGAAAGCGAAGUGUCUACGGUGCUUACCCAAACAUGGACAGAAUUAUAUUCAAUCCCUAAUGCCGAGGACCCCGUGGAUGACGAGCUGGAUUUGGCACGAUCUCUAUUACGGCUUUCAAUAGAGAAGGAAACAUCGAUAAGCAAAGAUAUGAAAUCUGCGAACCAGGCGCUCUCACAUAUAUCCGAUAUUAAUUUUUCUGAUAUUCUACUUGGUUCUCCAACAACUUUAUCCCUUCAUGUCAGCCCACCCCUUGACCUCUUUCUUGCUCAAUCAGAUAUGAUAAUCUACUCCAAGAUCCAUUCAUACCUGCUAGGCAUUCGCCGUGGACAGAUGCGACUUGGUGACUUGUGGAAACGAACCUCUCUUAGAAGGGUUCAUCCUUCCCCCUGGGGCCCGCCGAUGAGCAACAAACCCGGUGGUCAGGCAAACCUCAAACUCGGCAGAGAAAGACAAAAGAAACGAGCAGCUUUGAUGCGUCGCGUCUGGGCCUCUGGAAGUGCGGCCUUAUUCGUAUUCUCAGAACUUGGCAGCUAUCUCCAGGGCGAGGUAAUUGGCAACUCCUGGCGCCAUUUCAAUGCCUGGUUAAAUGGCGGGCGACCCCAAAGCUCAUACGGACAAGGCUCUCGACCAGGGACCGCCUCUUCAUCUACCACCUUCUAUCACUCCCAUGAUCCCGAGACAAUAAACAUUGCCCACCGCACAUAUCUUACCCACCUAAUUCAAUCCCUUUUCCUGACAGACGUCCCAUUUACUCGCACUCUACGCUCUCUUAUCUCGCAUGUCGACCGCUUCGUCUCGCUCCUUGGCCAGCUACAGACCAUUCAGCAGAACCUAGACCUUGAGGCAGACGAGGGCGUCUUUGACUCGCUGCAAGAUUACGCCCAAGACGAAGUCAGAGUAUGGGCAGAAGUAUCCGCUGCACGUACCGACCUGGAGAACUCCAUGACAGAACUGAUUGCUCGGCUACGUGAUAUAGAUGAUCAUCGUACCACGAAGGGCGCUACUUCAUUGGAUACUAGUACCAGGCAUUCGGCCCCAGAACUUCGCUGGGUCAAAGGAAACGAGGAAACACUGCGCGGCAGACUCGAUAAUAAUGUUUUUGUCCCCUGGAGAGCCGCGGGUGUAGAUCGGCUGCUUAUGAGGCUUGAAUUUGGCGGAGCUAGUGCAGAUGAUCACGGCACUGAUACACUUGAUUUUGGUGGGAAUACAGUAUUUGCGGAAUAG